UUCUACUUUUCCAAACUAUAGCAUUGAUGAAUUAAGAUGGCUACCUCCAGGCUGUCGUCAGUCCGUCUGUUUUGUGAUAAACAUUCAGCCUUGACUGAGAAAUUCCAGUACAUUCUUUCUCUUUUUCCACAAAAUCUUGUGUUUGCUUUUGCCUACGGAUCGGGUGCUUUCCAACAACAUGGACAUAAAUCUACCGAGGAAAACGUAGUGGAUCUCAUUUUGGUGGUAGACGAUGCCGAAGCCUUCCACCGAUUGAAUUUGAAACACAAUUGGAAACAUUAUUCUUCCAUAAAAUACCUGGGCCCGCACGCGUUGGCGUCUUUUCAAGAAAAAUGGGGAGCUAGAGUUUACUUCAACACGCUCGUCCCAUACAAACACGGCCUGCUCAAAUAUGGAGUGGUAUCGUCUUCUGCCAUAAUUGCAGAUCUCCUCGACUGGGAAUGGAUGUAUAUCAGUGGACGUCUACAUAAGCCUGUCAUGCCUCUUGUUCUGCCGGAUGCGAAUCACCCAAUACGCUCUGCCCUAAAGCAUAACCUGCAAAACGCAAUGCACACGGCGCUCCUCCUCCUUCCCGAUUCUUUCCAAGAAGAACAUCUUUAUCAUACCCUAGCCGGCCUUUCCUACUCAGGUGAUUUUAGAAUGAGCUUCGGUGAGGAUCGCAAUAAAGUCAAGAACAUCGUCCGACCACAAAUCGAAAGAUUUCGCAAUUUGUACGCUUCAUUUUGGCCCGGACUUGCGGCCUAUGCUGAGUUCAAUAGCACGACAGGCAGAUGCGAACAGGACACAAGCCCUGCUGCAAGAAUAUUUCACCUCAACCUAUUGCCGAAAAAGAUUCAGCAAACAAUCGUGCACGAGUGGAACCGCAAUGGUCGAUGGCAAGAUGUGGAAGAUGUUUUCCGCGCUGCCGCCCACGACACCGAAUGCCCGGAGCUCGUUAAAGAGGCUGUACAGAAAACGGUGAAAGCUUCAAGUUGGACGCAAAGUCUGAAAGGAAUACCAACGGCUGGAUUCAUCAAAUCCAUCCGAUAUGGUUUUGCCAAAAUUAACAAGAUGUGGAAGAGUUUGCAGAGGACACAUGGAGAAUCGUAACGUUCCUUUAAAUAGAAGAAAUAAUACACUUAGCCUUUGGACAAA